UGUUAGACAUGCUUAAUCCUUAUCUUACACCAAAGUAGACUUGCAAAUAAUAACCAUCAAAAAUCUGUUAGCCCAUUCAUUAAAAAAGUCUAACCUGUAAGUCACUCUCUCCUUAAUAACUAUAAAUUCCUCUUCAAUAAAACAAUAUAAGGGAUGAUCAAGAUCCUUCAACUCCGCAAAAGAUUAAACUAGCAAAGGGUGUUAAAUUGUUAAGCAUACCAUCCUAACUCAAUGAUAAUAGUUUUAGAGGAAGCAGCUCUAAAAAUAUCUUGACAUCUGAUAGUCCGCUUAUUACUCGUAAUAAGGAAAAUAAUUCAAUUAGUAGAAGAAUCUGUACUGAGUCAUGUGCACAAGAUAACCCAACCUCUGCAGUUAUUCAAGAAAAUAAAAAGUUGAAUGAACUGAUUUAAAGAUUAUUUAGGGAGAAAUAAGAAUUAGUUGCAAUUAUAGAGAAAUAUAAAAAUUAACCACAAUUUUAUCAUGGUCAGACUGACUAAUUUAAUCUACUAAGUUUAAAAGCAAGAAUCGAAAGAUUAGAAGCAGUUAUUGAUCAAUAAAGUGAAGAAAUAAAUGAAUGGAAACUAAAGUAUAAAUAAGCCUGUGAAGAAGAUGAGAGAGUCAAUGCGAUAGAUUAAAUGGUAUUAUUUAUUUAAUAAUAGGAAUCACAAAUACUUAAAGUGGUUGAAGAAAAUGAAAGACUGAACAAUUUAGGAUUUGAGAAGGAAAAACAACUCUCUAAUUUAAAUAAUGAAAUUACAUUUCUAUAAAAGAAAGCCUUUGAGCAUGAGUAAAAAAUAAAAGAUCAAGCCGCUCUAAUAGAUGCAUAUGAAGAGGACAUUAAAGAAUUGAAAAAAGAAUAGAAGACUAAAUUAACGAUGAUCGAAAGAUAUGAAUAGCAAUUAUAAGAAAAGAUUGAAAAUUCUUGUUAACCCUCCUUUUGCGAAAUUUAAUAAGGAUAUAUAAACAAUAAUUAAAAAAUAAUUUUAGACUACAUAAAAUAAAUAGAGUAGGUAUUAACUUAUUAAUAAUUUAGCAAUUAUGUGAUUUAUCGACAUAAUAUACCUUUCAAGUAGUGGAAAAUUAAAGAUUGUUGAGAUAAAAUAACAAUUUGAAAGAAGAAUUACUAUCUUAAUAAAUAGCGUUAGAUGAAAUAAGGACAUCCCAAAGAGGAACUUUUAAUCCUAAAUUUUAAGAAAUUAACAGAAAUCUCACUUUUUUAAGAGAAAAAAUUAUGAAAUAAAUGAUUAAAUGA